UUUGUAGAUAAAGCACCAGAUUUAAGGAUACUUAGAGAUGGCUAAUAAUGGAGAACAUUACAUUUCUAAAAGCUACAACCCACAGUUUAUGAACAAUCUGAAGCAAUUGCUAAACUCUCAGCUGUUUUGUGACAUCAGUAUCCAGGUCUCAACAGAAACAUUCCAGGCUCAUCAAGUCGUCCUGGCUGCCGGCGGACAGUACUUCAGGGCCAUGUUCUCUAGUGCUAUGUAUGAUGUGGAAAACAAGCGCAUCACUCUACAUGACAUAUCCCCCUCGACAUUUCAAUCACUAUUAACAUUCAUCUAUACAGGUGAGAUUGACAUAACCUGGGAUAACUGCCAGGAUGUUUUAGCAGCAGCGGAUAUGUUUGGAAUUACAUGUGUAGUCAGUGAAUGCACCAAGUUCUUACAGAAACAUCUUGACUGCCAUAAUUGUGUUGGUAUAUACCAGUUUGCUGAUAUUCAUUCCUGUUCAGAAUUGAAAAAUGAUGCUGAAAAAUUUAUCCACAAGAAUUUUGUAUCCACAUCUCAGGAAGAGGAGUAUUUAGAGCUCAGUGAAAAUCUUGUUGUCGAGCUCUUAGAAAGUGAACAGUUGUGUGUGCCUUCUGAAACAGAGGUCCUCAAGGCUGCAUUGAGAUGGCUUCUACAUGACCCACAAAACAGAAAGUUAUCUGUGUUCAAUAUCCUUAACAAUGUCAGGUUCCCCAUUAUAUCAGAGACUGAGCUUGAGGAGGCUAUGGAGGAAUGCUAUGAUUUAAGUAUCAAGAUAGCCGUGAAAAAAUUUGCACAAGACUUGAUGAGUGAUAGGAAGUUGUGUAAUAAAUUGAACUUAAGGCUCAUUAAACCUCAUCUAGUCCAACCAAGAAAGUCGGCAAGAAAAAGCAUUUAUGUGAUAGGUGGAUACUUCCACGCAAAAGGUGGAAGGUGGAGUGACAUUCAUACACUAGAAACUGUGGAAAAAUUUGAUACCUUUUCUCAUGAAUGGGAGACCAUUCCAAGCUUACAGUAUCCCAGAAACCACAUGGGCUCUGCAGUCAUUAAUGGACAGAUAUAUGUAGUGGGUGGGGAGAAUGAGUCCCUCAUUUAUGACUUGGUGGAAUGUUAUGACCCCAUCAGUAGAAAGUGGUCCACAGCCCCUCCCCUCACAGAACCACGCUGCGGGCAUGGCUUAGCUUCUCUAGGAGACUGUCUUUAUGCCUUUGGGGGAUGGGUGGGGACUGAAUUGGGAGGCACAGUGGAGAAGUUUGACCCCACGGCAAAUGAGUGGAUGGUAGUCUGUAAAAUGCCAACUCUGAGAUUUGAAACAGCUGUUACUGAGUUAGAUGGCCUAAUUUACAUUAUUGGUGGAAUGGAUAAGGACUAUGGAUUCGGGUCAGAACUGACUACAGUAGAAAGUUUUAACCCAGUGACCAAGGAAUGGGAGGAGUUACCUCCCUUGAACACACCCCGUGCCAAUGCCAGUGUGGCCACUCUCAAUGGCUACAUUUAUGUGAUGGGGGGAUUCAACACCAGGGAUGGGGACCUGGCAUCAGUGGAGAGGUACUCACCAGAAGAGAGUGUAUGGGAGGCAGUGCCAGACAUGAAUCAGAAGAGGACUGCGCCUUGUUCAGUCAGUGUGAAUGGAUUGUUGUAUGUGAUGGGAGGUCGGCAGUUCUUUGUCAGACUAGAUAUGUUCAGCUGUAACGAGACUAUCAACAGUAUGGAAUGCUUCGACCCUAUCUUAAACUGCUGGCAUGAACUACCAGCCAUGCCUACACCAAGGUGUGAAGCAGGUGCCGUUGUAUUAUAGUGAAGGUGCAAAGAAGGCGCUGUGGUGUUAUAGUGAAGGUGCAAUGAAGGUACUGUGGUGUUAUAGUUAAGGUGUGAAGAAGGUGUGUUAUAGUGAAGAUGUAAAACAGGUGCGGUGAUUUUACUGUAAAGGUGUGAAGUAGGUGCUGUGGUGUUAUGGUGAAGAUGUGAAGAAGGUGUUGUGGUGUUACUGUAAAGAAGUGAAGCAGGUGCUGAGAUGUUAUAGUGAAGGUGUAUAGAAGGUGCUGUGAUGUCACCAUAAAGGUGUGAAGAAGGUGCUGUGAUGUUACAGUGUAUAGCGAGGCAGGUAUUGUGGUGUUAUAGUGAAGAGUAAACAGAUACUGUAUGUUACUGUAAAGGUGCGAGGAAGGUGCUGUGAUGAUACUGUAGAGGUGGGAGGAAAAUGCUGUGGUGUUAUAGUGAAGGUGUAAAAGAGGUGCUGUGAUGUUUCUGUAAAGGUAUGAAGAAGGUACCAUGGUGUUAUAGUUAAGGUGUGAAGGAGGUGCUAUGGUGUUACUAUAAAGGUGUGAAGAAGGUGCUGUGGUGUUUAGUUAAGGUGUGAAGAAGGUGCUGUGGUGUUAUAGUGUGUAGCAGAGCAGGUGCUGUUAUAGUUAGGAUGUGAAGCAGGUGCUGUGAUGUUAUAUUAUAAAGCAGGUAUGGUGAUGCUAUAGUUGUGGUGUUAUACUUAACUAUCUAGAGAAAAAAAUUGUUCCUUUUGCCAUUAUGGAAAGAUUUUGAAGAUGCUGUGAUUCUAAUGAUAUUGUACAUAUUACAGUUUAUAUCUGCAAGUGUUCUUGCUUUCACUUUCAUGAUUACUUGCAUUUUGUUUUGGGAGUUUUUAUCAAACCUGAUCAGUGUGCAUUAUAAAAUAUUUUUUAAGCAUGCAUGGCAAAUUAUGACAAAUUUUUUAUAUUGAAAAUACAUAAAUAAUGUAAAAUCUAGUGCACGUAACUUUUCCACGUCACAUGCAGUCAACCCUCUUUAUCUUGAACAUGUUGGGGCUGAAAAAAAUUAUUUUCAAGUAAAAAAUAUGACACCUUUUAUUUCCCUGCAGUUGUUUUCUGACUCUGUAAACGGGAAGUUUGACAAUAUCAAAAUGUGUAUUUUACAGAAAUGGUUUUUUUGAGCUUCCAAUUUUUCAACAUAUCCCAAAUAUUCCAGAUAUCGGCAUUGAGAUUACAUUGUAGUAAAAUUGUAUAUGUUAGAAUUUUUAUGGAUGUUGGAAAAACAAAAUGUAGAAUUUUUGCAUAGCUUUGCCUUAUGUUUUUGAAUUAUUGUAACAUUGUUUUAAUGCUCUUUGAUUCCAAUGAGCAAUUGCUUGACAAUGCUAACUUGUAUCUUGUAAUGAAGCCAUGUCAGCUAUAAUUUGAUUACCUUUCAAAAAUAGUGCAAACAUGUGUGUAGUGCAAUAUCACACAUUUAUAAACAAAUCUCUGCUGAUCAAAUCCUCUUAAUGUAGUUUUUGCAAGCAGAAUUAAAAGUAUGUCAAUCCAACUGUACUUGACCCCACAGUGUUAGGUUAACCAGCAGAAAUCAUUAGGAAAUCUCCACAUGUCCCAGUAGGAACUGGUUUAUUUAUUUUCUUUGUUGUCUUCAGAGUUCCUAUGAGGUAUACAUGUAGUUUUAGACUGAUUUUGUGAGUUUUUUCCUUCAAUUUUUUCAUUGAUAUGUUAAUGAUAAAAUACAUAUUUAUUGUGAGAGUCAAUAGAGUUUCUAUUAAAAGACCAUUUACAGA